UGGUCUUCAAGAGCCUUGACAAAAAGAACGAUGGUCGCAUAGAUUCACAGGAGAUCAUGCAGUCACUAAGAGACCUCGAGGUUCAUAUAUCUGAGGAACAGGCUGAAAAGAUCCUCAAGAGUAUGGAUAAAAACGGUACGAUGACUAUUGAUUGGAAUGAAUGGAGAGAUUACCAUCUGCUUCAUCCUGCUGACAACAUUCCUGAAAUCAUCCUCUACUGGAAACACUCUACGAUAUUUGAUGUAGGGGAAAGUAUGUUGGUCCCUGAUGAGUUUACGGCAGAGGAGAAGAAAACGGGGAUGUUGUGGCGACACCUGGUAGCAGGAGGUGGAGCUGGUGCAGUGUCCCGUACCUGCACCGCACCCCUGGACCGCCUUAAGGUUCUCAUGCAGGUAUGAG